ACUGUUGAUAUGCGUUAAAUAUAACGUUAUAUUGUUUGUAACCGACAGUCAGUGCUGGCGAGAUGAAGUGGCUAGUGCUUUUGGCAGGAGUGACAGUGGCACUGUGUGCCGUCCCGCGGGGCAACCAACGCGACAUCGUCAUCGCAGAAGACGAUGAGAAGGGCUUCUUGUUUUCCGCUUUUGGAGUGUCAGGAGAAGCCGAACUGGUGGGCCACAUCGGCCGCCGCAUCUCCUCUGAUGAUGAGGAGGUGACCUUCGAGCUGAAUCAUUGGAUGGAUGAGGAGGCGGGUGCAUACCGCGUCAGCGUGCACUGGGACGGUCCCAGCGACCGCGUGUUUGAAGACUGUUUUGAUUUUGGUACUCGCCAAUGGUACGGAGGCCCGGAACAGAAAGAGCAAUACUGGCCCAUCCAAAAUGGCAACCUGGAAAAAUACUCUGCAAUCUCCAAAGAGGCCGAUAACUCCGCCGUUUUCGAACGAUAUUGGCUGAAUUCCGUCGGUCAGUACAUUUACGUCCACCCUGAGGUGCCACUCUUCGUUGACUAUCACAAUGUCGUCGGAAACCACAUCUGCUUCAUUGCUGAAGUCGCCGAUCCCUACUCCUCCAGGCGCACCCAUAACAUCCUCAAAUACGACAUCUGGUUCUUUUCGAACCCCAAGGCCGCUCACUUGCAUGCCGUCAACACUUACCUGGGCAAACCCUCUGGGCUUCCAGACUACAGAAUGAUCCAAUACCCAGUUUUCUCGUCAUGGGCAAGAUACGCCCGUGGUAUCGACCAGAACAGUCUCUGGGCUUUCGCUAGCGAGAUCAAGGAUAGUGGUUUCCCCAACUCCCAGUUUGAAAUUGAUGAUCUGUGGGAGAUCUGCUACGGAUCCCUGACUGUUGAUGAGAGGAAACUGCCUAAUUUGAGGCAGUUAGUGCAGGACAUCAAAGGUCUUGGCUUCAGGGUCUCCAUCUGGAUGCAUCCGUUUAUCAACCAAGAUUGUGAACCUUGGUACUCGCACGCUUUGGACAACGGCUACUUCGUCGUCAACGAGGAAGGCAGCCCCGACACGACGUGGUGGAACAACAACGGCUCCAUCCCCGGAUACAUCGACUUCACCAACCCCGAAGCAGUCGAGUGGUACAGCAGCAGGGUACGCGACCUCCUGGAUACAUACGACAUCGACAGCGUCAAGUUCGACGCUGGAGAAUCUAGCUGGUCUCCUCAGAUCCCUGUACUAAACGGCGACAUCGACCUCCACCCGGGCCACAUCGUAUCUUCGUACGUGCGAGCUGUCGCUGAAUUCGGUCCUAUGAUUGAAAUCAGAGCUGGUUUGAGAACCCAAGACUUACCAGUGUUCAUCCGCAUGGUCGACAAGGACACCUUUUGGGGCUUUAACAACGGCUUGGCGACCCUCAUCACCACACUCCUGCAGAUGAACAUCAACGGCUACACCCUGGUGCUGCCCGACAUGAUCGGUGGCAAUGGAUACGUUGACGAGGACCUGUACUACAGAAGACUGCCGAGCAAAGAGUUGUUCAUCAGAUGGCUCCAGGCUAACGUGUUCAUGCCUUCGCUUCAAUAUUCGUUUGUGCCUUGGGAUCACGAUGAGGAGGCGAUUGAAAUCUGCCGCCGCUACACCCAGCUGCACGCUGACUUUGCUGACGAGAUAGUGGCCGCCAUGGAAGCCUCCGUCAAGCAGGGCACGCCUGUCAACCCGCCCAUCUGGUGGGCUGAUCCUAGUGACGAAGUCGCGCAUGGAGUUUGGGACGAAUUCAUGCUUGGAGAGGGAUUGCUGGCCGCCCCGGUGGUAGAAGAGGGAGCGGUUUCCCGUGACAUCUACCUCCCGAGCGGGUCGUGGCGCGACGGGAACUCUGGCGACGUGUACGAAGGACCAAGAUGGCUGCGCGACUACCCCGCGCCCCUCGACGUACUGCCAUACUUCAUUCGCGAAGAAUAAUUUAUUAUUAAUUUAUUAUACAUAUUGUAUUAAAUGUUUUUUGUUAUUAAAUUAUUUGAGUUUAUGGUUUUA